GUUUUCUCUUCAAUAAACGAUUUUAUUGGUCAAUUAAGGCACGUGAUGGUAAUGUUGUAGGAACUUUGGGUAUGGGCAGCCGCAGCUCAGGUUCUACCAUGCAACUGAGCAUGAAUGACAACACAUUUGAAGAGUAAUACUUGAAAUACAACUAGAUUUGAGCUAUAUGUGAUAGAAACAAUCCCAGUAUGUCUGGGUCCCCUCCAUCAUCUGGUUCCCAUGGAGAGUUCCCUCCAUCUUCUGGUUCCCACGGAGAGUCAUCUACACGUACAUCUGGUCCCUCCAGUGGCAACAAUACAGAGGAUGGUGAAGUGGCUGAGAGUAGAGUAGAUAAUGCAUGCAAUACUCGUGCAUCUGAACUCGGUGAUACUCAAACUCGACAUGAACUCAGUGAUACUCGAACUCAAGAUGGGCUUUGUGGUACUCGAAUUGAACAUGCAGGGCUUACUUGUGAGAGCACUAUUUCCCCUACUGCACAAACCCAGGUUAAAGGUGAGGCUGAUCAGGUCACUUGUUGUCAUGGUGAUGAGGACAUUAAAUCGGGUAAGGAUUCAAAUAAAGUGAGUAAUCCAUGUCUGCCUGAUAGUAGAAAUGAAUUGGUCGUAGAAGAUGUUGCAAACUCAGAGAAUCAUGCAGGAAAAGGUUUUAACAAAUCCUCAAAUGGUUGUAAAGUUGGUACUGUAACCACAUUGUCUGGGGACCAUGAGAGUAAAGAAAGGCAUCAAUCCAAAAAGACAGAUCAUCUUCCAAAGAUAGACCAUGUGGAUGUAGACAUUCCUGAAAGUCAUCCUUCAGGGUCGGAAAAGAAAUCAGAUGAGAGGGAUGACAGAGAUGGAGAGAAGGCAGUCAGUGAUCAAAACAAAGACGAUGACGGUGAAAUCCAAAUGAAGAUCAACAAGGAGAAUGGAAAGACUGAUGAGUUUUUAUCUGAAAAAGAGAAGAAACCAACGCCACAUGAAGAUAAGAAAGAAAAUAAAGACAAUUUACAGGAGAAUUCGAAUGUGAUGGGAUCAUCUGGAUCUUCAGAAAAAGAUACAAAGGCAACAGGGGAUCACUCAGAUAGAGAGAAAGGAUGUGGUGAUGUCACUGAUCCGAAUAGACGGAUUGAGAAUGACUCAUUGCUUUCUACAGAAACAGAGAAUAAAGAGAGACAAUCUGAGAAUAGACAUAAAAGUCCACACGAUCAUAAUUGUCCAGAUACAAGGAGAGAAUCCAUGUCAAAAGACAAAAUUCCUGAUGUUGAAUCGUUGGACAGCCAGGGGGAUACAAGAAAGGAAACAGAAGACAAAAAAUCCCGAGUAAUGGAGGAAAGUAUAUCUUCUACAACAGAGAAUACUGAAUCUGCAAGUCUCAAUAGGGAAGAAGCUUCACCAUCAAAAGAUAAAUUAGACGCUGUCAAUGCUGAUGAAAGAUUAGAAAGACCUCCAGAUGUUUCUGAAGAUGGGAGGUCUGGGAAACAAGAGAGUGUGGACAAAAAGACACCACCCUCAUGUAUAGACUCUAACAAGGAAUCCAUCUCUAAAGAUAAUCUAGAAAAGGAAAUCAGAGAUGUAAUUAGACCUACUGAACAUUAUAGGGAAGGUGAAAAUAGUCAGAAGAUAUUGAUGAAGUUCAUGGAAGAGAAGGGAGAAACUGUAAAUGAAGACAUUACAGGAAAUAGAAUUCCAAGUGUUGAAUCUGUAGAAACUCAGAGGGAUGAAAGUAAAGAAACUGAAGCAUCUGAGGCAAAGGAAACUGCACCAGCAACAACAGAGGAUGCAGAAUCUGAAAGUCAGAACAGGGACAAUGCAAGCAGAAUUCCUUCAACUGAACUAGGCAAUACUCAGGCUGAACAUGGUCAUACUGGCAAGAGCACAACUUUCCCUACUGUACAUGCCCAGGAUAAAAAUGAAGUUGAUCAAGUCUGUUGUCAUGGUGAUGAGGACACUAACACUGCCGGUAGGGAUUCAAAUGAAGUCAACAAUCCGUGUUCAACUGGUAGUAGAAAUGAAUUGGUCAUAGAAGAUGUUGCAAACUCAGAGAAUCAUGCAGGAAAAGGUUUUAACAAAUCCUCAUAUGGUUGUAAAGUUGGUACUGUAAACACAUUGUCUGGGAACCAUGAGAGUAAAGAAAGGCAUCAAUCCAAAGAGACAGAUCAUGUUCUAAAGAUAGACCAUGUGGAUGUAGACAUUCCUGAAAGUCAUUCUUCAGGGUCAGAAAAGAAAUCUGAUGAGAGGGAUGACAGAGAUGGAGAGAAGGCAGUCAUUGAUGAAAACAAAGAUGAUGACGGUGAAAUCCAAAUGAAGAUCAACAAGGAGAAUGGAAAGACCGAUGAGUUUUCAUCCGAAAAAGAGAAGAAAUCAUUUCCACAUCAGAAUGACAAGAUAGAUGAAUUUUCAUCUGAAAAAGAGAGGAAACCAUCGCCACAUGAAGAUAAAGAAAAUAAAGACAAUUUACAGGAAAAUUUGAAUGUGAUAGGAUCAUCUAGAUCUUCAGAAAAAGAUACAAAGGCAACAGGGGAUCACUCAGAUAGAGAGAAAGGAUGUGGUGACGUCACUGAUCCAAAUAGACGGCUUAAGAAUGACUCAUUGGUUUCUACAGAGACAGAGAAUAAAGAGAGACAAUCUGAGAAUAGACAUAAAAGUCCACAAGAUCAUAAUUGUCCAGAUACAAGGAGAGAAUCCAUGUCAAAAGACAAAAUUCCUGAUGUUGAAUCAUUGGAGAGCCAGGGGGACACAAGAAAGGAAACAGAAGACAAAAAAUCCCAAAUAAUGGAGAAAAGUGUAUCUUCUACAACAGAGAAUACUGAAUCUGCAAGUCUCAAUAGGGAAAAUGCUACACCAUCAAAAGAGAAAUCAGACUCUUUCAAUGCUGAUGAAAGAUUAAUAAGACCUCCAGAUGUUUCUGAAGAUAGGAGGUCUGGGAAACAAGAGAGUGUGGGCAAAAAGACACCGAUCUCAUCUAUAGACUCUAACAAGGAAUCCAUCUCUAAAGAUAAUCAAGAAAAGGAAAUCACAACUUUGUCAGAUGAUGAAAGAUUAGCAACACCUCAGGGUGCUUCAGAAGAUACCAGGACUGAAAAACAAGAAAGUGUAGGUAAAAAGACACCAUCUAUAGACUCUAAUAAGACAUCCACCUCUGAAGAUAAUCAAGGAAAGGAAAUCACAGAUGGAUUUAGACCUAUUGAACAUUAUAGGGAAAGUGAAAAUGGUCAGAAGAUACUUAUGAAGUCCAUGGAAGAGAAGAGAGAAGAUUUAAAUGAGGACAUUACCGGAAAUAGAAUUCCAAGUGUUGAAUCUGUAAAAGCCCAGAGGGAUGAAAGUAAAGAAACUGAAGCAUCUGAGACAAAGGAAACUGCAACAGUAAGAACAAAAGCUGAAUCUGAAAGUCAGAAUAUGGAUAGAGCAACACAAAGACAGGAAGUUUCAGAGAACAGUUUCAUGGGAAGAAAGGAAAUUGAUAAAGACAAAGAAUCUAAAAAUCAAAAUAACAGUGGUGAACACCAAGCAGUAAAGAAAGAUGGGUCUGGUAGAAAGACAGCCUCAGAAAGUGACUCCAAAGAUGACAAACUGGAAAAGUCUGUUACAGAUAAUGAAACCAGUAUUGGAAGAUUAGAAAAACAGAAUGUUGGAAUGGUGGGGAAAAGUUCUUCAGAUACUGGAGUUGAUCAAGAUUUAGACAGAUCAGACCAAGGCAAUGACAAUGGAAGAUCUCAACAAGAUACCACCAGUGGCAGAGAACAAGAUAUUGAGAUAGAUAAUCCACAUGAUUCUGGAGAUAGAGGGAAUGCACUCCAUGGGGCUUCUGUGUUGUGUAUGGAUGAGGGAGUUGCAAAGAAAGAAAUGCAAAAGAUUCAAGAGACCAAGAUUCAAGAAAGUCCGAGACCAGAAGUGUCAAGAAUUAAAGAAGACCUGGUAGCUAAUGCAUGCACUGGAAGUGUAGAGGAAGGUUUGGCUGAGAGUGGUGAUCAGGACACUGUUUCAAAAGUUGAAGAUCAAGAUGUGCUUAAAACUGAAAAGAAUUCUGAGGUUGAUGACUUACUUAACCAUGGAGCCAAAUUUUCCAUGAUGCAAAAUCACCAAUCUGGAGUAAAUGAAGAAAGUGAGAGUUCCACUGAAGAGGAGGAGGGUAGUAGUGAACAUGCAGUAAAUCAAACAGAAAAUCAAAGCAUUGAACAAGGAAACAUGGGACAGUCUGAGAUGGAAACCCAUAGAAGUGUUCCAGAGAAAAUUUUACCAGUUCCGAAUCCUGGACAUAUUCUCAUGGUAGAAAAUCAGUUUGAGUUGUUUAUUGAUGAAAUCUUGUCUGAUGUCACAUUAGAUGAAAACAGAGAAGAGUGGAAGGAGAAUUCCAAAAGGAAAUUUCAGAGUCUUUUAAAGAAAAUGAUAGAUGAAACCUCUCUUAGGUCAAUUGAGCAGGGAAUUGCUCAAAAUAGAACAUCGGAACCAAAAGAUCAGAGCAAUGGGAAAGACUUAAAAUCUGCCAGUGUAAUCACAACACAACCAAGCCAUGUUCAAGGUUUUCCAAAGACUUCACAAUCGUGGCAAAAUCAAGCACCUGGAGGAGCCCAGGGAGUUGGUGACAGGACUGUAAUGCAUGCUGACAAAGAACCUAGGAGUUCUGAAUUAGGUGGAAAUCCAGCUCCGACAAUUGGUGGAGAUGGUGCCAAAUCUGGAUCUGUGAGGAGAGGUCCACAGAUACGAACCAUGGCAAAAGUUUAUGUUGAAGUUUUUCAAUCCACAGGUGAAAAAAGGAUACUGACACUUCAGUUAAAAGAGAUAGAAUCUUGUCUUUUUAACUAUAUAAUGGAUCGAUCAGGAUUUACAGACUUGUAUAGAAAUAAACUCAGAAAGAAAAACUUGAUCGUAAAAAAGUUGAUGAUUAAUCCAAACGAUCACAUUUCAAUUAUUAUUCAAACGGAUUUGAAUAAUGAAAAUUUGGAAGCAGAACUCAAGUCUGAGCUCCAUAGUUUAUCACAGGAAAUGGCUAUUACAGCAAGGAAGCUGGAAGUGAAAGAUGAGGAAUGUGUUUAUGAAUUUCGGAAUAGGUGUCACUCAAAUUUCCCACGGACACUGCUACUUCAAGAUGAUAAAAAACCCUUGCAAUUGUAUGUGGUUGGGAAAUUGUCAGAAGUAUCUGAAGUUGGAGAUAAACCUUGCACUCAAUAUGAAGGUGAUACUUGUAGAAAGAAAAAGAUAUCAGGUUAUAUACUGUCAAAAGAACUGGAUAUCAGGAAAGCAGAUAUUUUCAGAUGUUUCAAUAUAGAUGAGAAAUUGAGGGUAAGAUACCCUGAUGUAAAAAUUGUUUUGGAUGACCAAUAUCACAUUCAUGUCGAGGGCAGCAGGAAAGGUGAUUGUGAUGCAGUAUUUACAGAAUGCAGCAAACAAAUAGAUGCAAUUUUACAAAAUGGAGAGAUAUUACACGAGCUAUCAGAUGAAGAAAUUUUAUUUUUGGAGAAGAAGGAAGUGAUGGAAUUUGUAAAGACAAGGGUGAAAGAAAAACACAUCUUGAGUAUAACAGGCAAUAAAAGUGAAGAUACAUUUAAAAUCACACUGUACUAUGAAAAGAAAGACAAACGCAAGAGUAUCAGCAAGAGUAUCAUUACAGGACUCAAACGAAGCAUAGAAUGUGUAGAGGCAUCAUUGAUUCCUCACAUUUAUUUGAUUUUAGAUAAGAAAUUCCUAAAGGACCUCGAAGAAAUGUUUGGGGACAAGUUUGAGUUUCUUGCCAAUGGAAAUGUGAUGGUCACACCUGAUAUCAAAGAGAAAUUUAUUAACCAUCUGAAAGCUCAGAUCGAAACAGUUAGCAUUCCAAUAACCAAUGAAAACUUUGGAACGUUUUGUAGAAAAUUUCACAUGUCGCAUUGGCAAAAAGAUCAUGGGGUAAAGGUUGAAGAAAGUCGUGAAAAAUGGAUUGUAAUAGGAAAAGUUGGAGCACCAAAAUCAUUUGUACAGGACUUUGACCAUAAAAUGAAAUUACUCCGAACAAGCAAACGUAAUUUGGAUCAAUUUCAGUUCGAAAGUAUCACGAACACGAAAAGUUUAGUUGGAGAAAUUGAAAGAGGGCAUGAGUGCUCCAUUGAGCUCUGUGAUGAAAACAGCUGUAACAAACUUCAGCAAGAUUGUUGGAGAAGCAAGCAUGGAUACACUGUCAGUAUUAUGAAGCAAAGAAUAGAUGAUGUUCAGAGUGGUUUAAUUGUGCGAGUGGGCUCACAAAACAUAACCCCUAAAGAAAUGAGUCAUGAAGGUUUUGCAUGCAAGCUGCAAGGAAUUCGACCUGGUGUUAUGGAAACACGCAUGGAUGUGCCCUAUUGGAAGGAAGGAAAAUGCAAAGAAUGUGACUGUGUUGAAAAUUUUGCAAGAAAUAUUAUGGAGAUGAAAGGAAUUGACAAGGUCUCUUUUCCAUUAGAUUUAGAUAGUUCUUGUGGCAUGCCACAGAAAAAGUUUAUGAAAAGCGUGCUUCAAGUGUUCAAUCAGGGAUUGUCGCCAGAAAUACAACAUGUCAUAUUCUGUCAACCAAAGGAAAAGGAAUACAAGGAGGCUGUUAAGAUUCUUUCUGGUAAAAUGAAGACCCAAGGAGCAGAGGCGAUUCCAAAUGCUGUGUUGUUCAGAUCAUCAGCCAAGCUACUAAAGGUAGAAAUCAUCAGAGGAGACAUAACAGAGAGUACGUGUGAUGUCAUUGUUAACAACACAACAAAUAAACUCCAGCUCGAAUUUGGUUACGUGUCUGGAAAUAUAUCAAAAACAGCAGGUGCAGGACUUCAAGAAGAGUGUACAAAGAAAUAUCCAAAUGGUAUUUUGAUUGGAAGCAUAGCAGUAACAGGAGGCCAUAAAUUGAAGUGCAAACAUGUUUUUCAUGGUGCAUUACAAACAUAUGAAACUGGAAAGAGAUCGCUCCAGACCUUUGAAAAUUUUCUGGAAAAGUGUAUGGAAGAGGCUAACAAAGUUUCUGCGAAGUCAAUUUCCUUCCCAGCCCUUGGAACAGGCAAAUUAAGAUAUCCAAGAAAAAAGGUUGCAGAAAGCAUGUUUAAGACAGUUUAUACAUUCUGGGCUAGAGCAAAGAAUUGUUCUGUUGAACUGGUACAAUUUUGUCUCUAUGGGAAGGAUUAUGAAACUGUGAAGGCAUUUGAAGAUGAAGAGUGGAAGUGGCGAUGGCCGCAGCUGGAAGAAAACAGUAUUGGUUUAAAUGAUCCACAAAAAGGAAGAUUCCUUCUACUGUGUACCAGUGAGUCUGAAGUGACGAAUGGGAAGGCGGUUAAUCUGAUUUUGGAAAAAAUAGGAGGUGCCAGGUCAAAAACAAAGACUGAAUCAGUUAGAGAAAAGAGUGCACCACUGCAACUUGGAAAAACAAAAAUUUGGAGUCAGGAGGAAAAUGCAGACUUGACCUCUGAUCCUGAGACUGAUCUUGGAAAAGAAAAAAAGAAUGCAGAAAAGAAUCAUGGAAACAUGGUACCUGAAAUUGAAAGAGAUUAUGAGCAGAGGAGACUUCUUGUAUCAAUUACUAAUCAAAAUCUUGUGCACAAAGGAGAAGAUGCUGUAAAAUCUGAGUUUCAAAGAGAAAUACUUGGAGAAAAAGAUGUGGAACAUAUCGUGUAUCCAUUCAAUUCAACAGACAAACUGCUUGUUGUCUGUAUCUGCAAAGAGGAUGCUGAUUGUCUAUUGAAGUCUGCUAUGAAGAGCAAAAGAGCAUUUGAAGUUCAAAAGUUAAUGACAGAGGCUGUUACCAAUGUUAAGGCAAAGAUGAGCUCUCAAGUUAUGACCAUCUUAAUAUCAAAUGGAUAUGAAUUGAUGGACAUUUCAAGACAUUCAGGUGUAACUUUAAUGGGAAAUAACACAUUGUUUGGGAGUUUGCAGGAAAUAAAAGCAGCACAGCAAUUUUUGAUUUCGGUUUGCAAAAAACAGUUGCAGAAACAACGUUUUGAGAGACAGACAGCUACAUUUGAUGAUAAAGAAAGCAUACAAGCCAAUGAUUUAACACACCAAGGAAAUGAAAAUUUUAACAUAAAACAGAAUCAAGACCUGAAAGAGAAAGAAAGAUCCAAAACUCAUAGCGAGAAAAAGAAAACAGAGAUUGAUGCAGAGGAAGAUUGGCCCGAGUUUGAGUGUAAACAGUGGGAAUUUCAUGCACUGAAUUUCUUGCUUCCAGGGGUAGUUAAGAAUGCAAGCAUUGUUAUAAAAAACUCAAAGGUGUAUAUACAAGGAAGUAUGGAUACUAUCUCCACUUUGGAUGAACAAGUUGUCAAGAUAAGGGCAAUGAAGCGAAAAGUUUUGUCUUUUGAUGUUGCAAGUGAGAUAAAAAAAAAAAAUCAAAUACCAUGGAUAGAUUCAGAGAACCAGAAUAUGUUAUUAGAAGAAGGCGAUGAAGUAUUUAUUUUACACUCUAAUGCACAAAGUCUGAAAUCAUCACAGAAAACUCUUGGUAUUACAGAUUUAAAAAGUUCUGUUAGGUUGGAUCCAGAGCUGAAGCCAGAUAGUUCCAGUAUGAUGAAUCCAGUAAAACAUCACAAAAAGUUAUAUCCAAACUUGAAUUCAGAAAGUGUCAUUUUAUCCAAAAUACAACAAGGGUUGGUUAUGGAAUUAGAAAAUGGGAUCAAAAUAUUUGCAUAUACUGCUAUGCUUGAUGAGGUUCCCACACAAAGUAUUGUUUUGGAAUCAGAAAAACAGGAAUCACAGGUUUCAGCAUACUCUAUGUUUAUGUUUGAAAAACUGGGUAAGCAGGCAACAAAAACAGUGAAUAUGCAAUCCCAAAGGUGUAAUGAAACUGAAGCAUUCAUCUCAGAAAUGGGACGUCACAAAAUUAUUCAUUUCAAAAAUCCAAGGAAAACCAAGGAAUCCAAUUUAGACAUAAAGAAGGAAAGGAUCAUUUCCUGUGUUAAAAAUUGCAUGGACAAGGCAGAUAACAGUGGAUUAACAACAAUUGCAUUUCCACCAAUAUGCACAGGAAUAUGUUCCUUGAAAAUCUGUGCCCAGUGUUAUGUAGAUGGAAUAUUGCAGUAUGGGAAAUCAGAUGACCGAUCAAGUACAAAUUUGAAGGAGGUACAUUUUGUAGAUUCAAAUGCAGAAGUUGUUUGUGAAAUUUCACAAGCCUUCAAUGAUCAUACGUUUGCUAUGGAAGCAGCAACAUACAAAACACAACAAAAUCCACUGCAGUCAGGUGAAAUGAAUUUGUGUAUUCAGCCUGGUGAAAUCUUAACAAUGAGUGUGCAUGCAAUUUGUUGUUGUGAAUAUAUUCAUAAGGGUGGCAAUAUGCAGUAUACAUUUACCCAUGGGUAUUUAUCUCGAAAAAUCCACGACUACAAUAGGAAGCAUUACCAGAAGUAUGACUUGAAUGAGAAAAUGAAAGGAAAGAGAUUUGAAGUUGGAAGCACUGUUGUCAUGCCCAAUAACAAUUGGUUUGAUGUGAUACAUGUAUGGCUACCAGCAACUCAGAGUUCUACAAAUUCAUCAGGUGGUUUGAAGGAUGAAUAUUUCAAACAAUAUGCAUUAUGCAUGAAAAACAUGCUGCAACAAGCAGACCAGUGUGGUUAUCCUUCAAUUGCUUGCUCACUGUUUGGUACAGUAUCCCUGAAACGAGAAGCUGUAGUACGAUGUGCUUCAUGUCUGAUAGACACAAUAAAGAUGUUCAUUCCCAAGAGUCAAAACCUGAAAGAAAUAUACAUUGUAGAGAAAGAAGACUGGGUUUUCAAAGUUUUAAAAGAGCAACAUCAACAAUCAUUGGGAACCAGAGUGUGAAAAUAAAUGUUGUUUUGUCAACUGUUUUUAUCUUUCUUUUGAACUAUAUAAAACUGACUGAUUCAUUAAUGCAAUGGAAUUGACUGCAUUAAUCAUUAUCAAUGAACAUUUAAACCAUGCAUUUAUGAUCAUUGAUGAAGAUUCAAAGAAUAAUAGUACAAUGUUCUACAUAUCAAUUACUUUGUUUAAAUUAUAUUUAUAUACAUGUUCUUACACUAUCCAUUUGCAUGAGAUGUGGAAAAUUUAUUGUCAAGUUAGAUGUAUUCAACUAUUGAAUGAUGUCUUAAGCUUCAAAUUUAAUUAAGUUGUAGUAAGUAUUUUAAACUAAUGACUCAGUUGAUAAGAGUGUUAUUUAUAGGUUUUUGACAAACUCAAUUUGAUAAUGAAAAUUUUUGUAUAAGUUUGGAAUCUACAAUCCAGUUUGAUUUUGUGAAAAUGUAUAUUUGAUUGUCUAUACAUGUUAAUGCAGCAUUGUUUAAAUUGCGUUAAUUUAUAACCACUCUACAAAUUCAAAAUGACCCAAUUGUCACACCAAUAAACAUGCAGGUGCAUUAUUAAGCUACCUAGAAAAUCCAUACAUUUAUGUCUAAAUAUUCUUUCAGAUUAACAUUUAAUAAUGAAAUUCUUUGCAAUUUUUAAUACACUCGUCUUUUGAUUUUGAUGGGCCAUAUUAUAUAGUGUAGACUUUUCUGUCCAUCCAUCUGUUAACUCUUUCAUGUCUACUUAGAACUCUCAAACACGUAAGUUGGUACAUAUGGGGGG